GGCUGACAGUCCGAAAAUGCCGUCUCCGAAGGAGGGCUUACCCGGAGAAGGUGACCUGGUUACUGUGAAACAUGAACUUACAAACGCCAACCUGACAGGUCAUUUGGAGCGAGUAGGCAUUGAGAACUUUGAGCUGCUCAAGGUUUUGGGAACAGGAGCCUACGGGAAAGUGUUUUUGGUGCGCAAGGUGAGCGGGCACGACUCAGGCAAGCUGUACGCCAUGAAGGUGCUGAAAAAGGCCACCAUCGUGCAAAAGGCGAAGACGGCUGAGCAUACACGAACAGAGCGGCAGGUUUUGGAGCACAUCCGACAGUCCCCGUUCCUCGUAACCCUGCACUAUGCCUUCCAGACAGACACCAAGCUGCACCUCAUCUUGGACUAUGUGAAUGGGGGAGAGCUCUUCACACACUUGGUGCAAAGGGUCCAUUUUAAAGAGCAAGAGGUUGCUUUGUACAGCGGCGAGAUUGCACUGGCACUGGAACACUUGCAUCAGCUAGGAGUUGUCUACAGAGACCUGAAACUGGAGAACAUCCUUCUGGACGCAAACGGACACAUUGUCUUGACAGACUUCGGCCUUAGCAAAGAGUUUGAUGAGGUAGAAAGAGCUUACUCUAUCUGUGGCACAAUAGAGUACAUGGCCCCUGAGAUUGUAGAAGGUGGAGAAUCUGGUCAUGACAAGGCAGUGGACUGGUGGAGUCUGGGAGUUCUAAUGUACGAGUUAAUGACUGGCGGCUCUCCUUUUACUGUAGACGGGGAUGAAAACUCACAUUCUGAUAUAGCUAAGAGAAUCUUGAAGAGGGAUCCUCCAUACCCCAAGGACAUGGGGCCUCUGGCCAAAGACAUCAUUCAGGGACUUCUUAUUAAGGACCCAAAGAAAAGGCUAGGCUCCGGACCCUCUGGAGCCGAGAAUGUGAAGAGCCAUGCUUUUUACCAGAAAAUUAACUGGGAGGAUUUGGCUGCCAAGAAAGUCCCUGCACCCUUUAAGCCUGUGAUCCGGGAUGAGCUGGAUGUGAGUAACUUUUCUGAGGAGUUUACGGAGAUGGACCCCACGUAUUCCCCUGCUGCACUGCCUCAGAACUGUGACCGCAUCUUCCAGGGCUACUCCUUCAUAGCUCCCUCCAUCCUGUUCAAAAGGAAUGUGGUGAUGGAUGACCCGGUGCAGCUGUGUGGUGGGGGAGACAGGCCUGGAUCUGCUGCUGUUGCUCGCAGUGCCAUGAUGAAGGACUCCCCCUUCUAUAUAAACUAUGAGAUGGAUCUGAAGGAGAACGCACUGGGGGAGGGCAGCUUCUCCAUCUGCAGGCAGUGCACACACAAGAAGAGUGGACAGAAAUAUGCAGUAAAGAUUGUUAGUAAAAGAAUGGAAGCACAAACGCAGAAAGAAAUAGCUGCUCUUAAACUGUGUGACAGACACCCCAACGUAGUCAAGCUACACGAGAUCUACCACGACCAGCUGCAUACAUAUCUAGUUCUGGAGCUGCUCCGAGGCGGUGAGCUGCUGGAUCGGAUCCGGAGGAAGCAGCACUUCAGUGAGACAGAGGCGAGCCGGAUCAUGCGCAGGCUGGUCUCUGCAGUGAGCCACAUGCACGAUGUAGGCGUGGUACACCGAGACCUCAAACCCGAGAACCUGCUGUUCACUGAUGAGAGUGAGAACUCUGAGAUCAAGGUCAUUGACUUUGGCUUUGCCCGUCUUAAACCCCCUGACAAUCAGCUCCUGAAGACGCCCUGCUUCACUCUACAGUACGCUGCCCCAGAGAUCCUCACCUACGACGGCUAUGACGAGUCGUGUGAUCUCUGGAGUCUGGGAGUCAUACUGUACACCAUGCUGUCCGGGCAGGUGCCCUUUCAGUGCCAAGAGAAGAGUCUAACCCACACCAGUGCAGAGGAGAUCAUGAAGAAGAUCAAACAUGGAGACUUCUCUUUUCAGGGAGAAGCCUGGAGGAAUGUGUCUGAGCAGGCCAAGGAGCUCAUUCAGGAGCUCCUCACCGUUGAUCCUAACAAGCGCAUAAAGAUGAGGGAGCUUCGCUACAACGCCUGGCUGCAGGAUGACAGUCAGCUUUCUUCCAACCCCCUCAUGACCCCUGACAUCCUGGGCUUGUCCACUGCCUCCGUACACACCUGCUUCAAAGCCACCUUUAAUGCCUUCAACAAGUGUAAGCGAGAGGGCUUCCGUCUGCAGACGGUGGAUAAGGCUCCUCUGGCAAAACGGAGGAAGAUGAAGAAGACCAGCACCAGCACUGAGACGCGCAGCAGCUCCAGUGAGAGCACACACUCGUCAUCCUCUUCCUCGCAGUCUCAGGAGAAGACUCCACCCGGCAGGGGGCCGGCCGCCGUGCCUCAGCCGUCCGUCAGCACUCCCCUCACACUGGGAACCGACGACGACGACGAGCCGUCCCAAAGCCGACCCCAGUCUGCCUUCACCUUCUCUGAGUGAGAACUGUACCCAAAAACACACUCGUCACACCCUUGUAUCUGUGUCUGGGCGGCCUCCCUACAUCACAAAAGGCCCCUUAGCGAAGUCCUCCGUACGCCAGCCAGCCCCCACCACACCCGAGCCCUGUGCUAGCAAUAGACGAGCAAAGUGGGGCCCAGCAGCGUGGAAGAGUGUGAGGAACGAAAGGCUUUGAUCGCUGGCUUGGACCACGCCUGGUCCCACGCUCCUGACACCAAAAUGACUAGGCCUCCAGCGCUGAAUCUGCUGUAUCUCACGUGCUUGAGUUACACGCAGAGAAGCACGAGACCACACGCUAACUGCAAUGAAGGGUCCAGUAACUUGCGCUGUCCUGCCAAGCAAAAAAAAAAAAACAUAAAGAAGAAGAAGAAAAAAAACAAAGAGGAAAAAGAUUAUUUAUUCUAAAAGAAUAUAGAACAUAUAAGUAGAGGUUUAUGAGAUUAUAUUGAGAUUUAUGAAUUCUAUGUUAAGUUAUUGUUCGUAUGUUUGGGCGAUCAGACCGCCCCAGUCCGAAGAUGUCCUUGUGAAGUGUGUUCUCUCUGACCGCAGUUGCAGGUCAGAACUACCUGGUACUGUAGCUUUUGCUUGAUUUUUCAUGCAGGCCUGUUCAGUCAGAGGCUUCUUCCAAACCGAGUUUAACGGUGAAGUAGCAGCGAUUUGUUUGAGUGAAUUCAGACAAAUCCAUUUUUUUCCCCUCUACCCUUGAUGAGGAUGACUAGUAACAGCUUUUCCUGAACUUGUAAUCUGCCAUUUUCAGCAGUUAAAUUUGAGGAGCUAUUUUGGGGUAAGAAGGGUGAUUUUGUACUUGAAACUAAUUUUAAGAAAGCAGGAAACGAGGGGAAAAACAAGGCAACAGUAGCCAUUGAUAAAUAAGGGCAACAAAAAAAAAAGUGUUGAGAAGAUGCAAUCAGCCAAACCUUUUUUUUCUUAAUUCCAGCUCCAGCUUUAAAUUGCCUACAGCUAGGGGUGGCCGAGAUGGAUCUUUUUUGAUUGGUGAGAAUUAACGGUGCAUUUACAUUGCAGAGGAGCAAAACUUUAGCUUUGCAAAGUAUUGCCAGCACGUACGUUUAUUUGCUUUAAGCAUACAGAGUUGCGGAGUUGUAGCCAGUUUUUUAAAUGAACUAAACUUUAAUCAUCUAACACAUAUCUAAACACAUUUUUUAAUGCUUACAUUAUAUAAAUGUAUAACAUAUUAAACAUAUACAAAUCAGCCAUAACAUUAGGACCACUUACAAGUGAAGUAAAAAGGUGUUCUGUCAAGGUGUUGGAUUUAUUAGGCAGCAAGUUAACAGUCAGUGUACAGUGGGGUCAUGGACAUCUAAAGCUCAUUGAUGCAAUCUGUGGAGGCCCUACCUCACAACUUAUAGGACUUAAAGUAUCUGCUGUAUGCAAUAUGCAAACGUCUUGGUGUCAGAUACCACAGGAUACCUUUAGAGAUCUUGUGGGGUCACACGAUAUUAAACGAUAUUAAAACAGGAGGUGCAAAUGUUAUUACUAGUCAGUGUAUAUAAAAGAUAAAAUCAUUUUUUAAUACCCUUGCUUUAGAAGACACACUAAAUGUGCAGGUGCCCCAGAACCUUUGUCCAUAUAAUAUAUACAGAUUUUUAAUUAGAGAUUAAAUUCCAAAAUAAAAACAUGAAUUGUUAAAGGUUCAAGAAAAUGGACAUAUUGAGUAUUUUAUGUUUUAAGUUUUUUAAUGUAUAAAUAAUGAGUUUUACUGAUUACUGAAUAAUGCUAAGUUUUGUCAGCGAUGCAGCUCGUAGGAGCCACUUAGCAUAGCAUGGCACAAUAAGAGGGACACAGUAAAAUGUUUAAAAAAAAAAAUGUUUCUCAGUUUUACUGUGCAUUUCUCUGUCUUUUUGAUGUUCCAAGAACAGGAAACACGAUUUGCAGUUACAGGAGAACGUAAAAUUGACAAAUUGACUUUGGCUGUAGUAAAACAUGAUAAAG